GGCGCCCACAUCCUGACCUGUUGUCAUAGGGACGGCGAGAGAGCAGCGGGUGGACAUUGUGUAUUUCUCUGACUGAUCCAUCUUCUCCAGGAUCCCGAUGGAGGGCCACGCUCUUAUCUGUUUGGAUUUUGAGGUGUUUGGAAAGGUUCAAGGUGUUUUCUUUCGUAAAUACACCCAGGCGGAGGGGAAUCGUCUGGGUCUGGUUGGAUGGGUGCAGAACACAGAAGAAGGAACGGUCAGAGGCCACGUACAGGGUCCUGCAGACAAAGUGCGGGAGAUGCAGCAAUGGUUGCAGGUGACAGGGAGCCCAAAGUCCAGAAUCACAAGGGCCCAAAUCGACAAUGAAAAGAAGAUCCAGCAACUGGAACAUAAAUGCUUCCAGAUCCGCAAGUGACAGUCUCUGCCCUCAUGGGGGUCAUGGUUUCAUUUUUUACAGUCUACAUGAUGAAAUGUUUAGAUCAGCGUGGUAGAGAAGCGGCUCCCAAGUGCCUGUGGCAUCCGCUCCUACACUGCAAUCUUUCCGAACUCAAUACAUUAGGCAUUGUGGACUCUGGACAAGUGCACCAUUUCCAUCAGUUCUGUCCCUCACUGGCAGCCUAGACCCUGCCAGUGACAAUAAUGUAUAGUGACCACUACCCUCAGCGGACACCUUCACUGAGCAUUACAUGAGUGAUCUGCAUGGACACUGAUCGGUUCAUUAAAAUAAUGGUCAUCGUCAUU